AUGGCCUCUCCUCAUUCCUCAGAGGAUGAAAACUACGGAGUAGACCCCUCCGUGCCGUUCAAGGGCGUCAUUGUCUGCUGCACCGACAUCCCGACUGAUCAACGGACAGACAUUGCUCAAAAGGUUGCCGAGCUCGGUGGCGUCCACAAAUACGAUCUCACACCAGACGUUACGCAUCUCGUCGUCGGUGGCUACGACACCCCCAAGUAUCGCCAUGUUGCGCGCGAGCGAGUCGACAUCAAGGCCAUGGACGCCGGCUGGAUCAUUGCCGUCAGCGAGUUGUGGAAAAAGGACGAGGAGAUUGACCUUGCCGCGCUGGAAAAGCGCUACCAAUUGAAGCCACUGGAGACGAGCGGCGCCGAGCCCUGGUCGGAGGAAGAAGAAUCGCCAGCCGCCAGAGGGUCUCUGCUGGUAUGCCUGACGGGCUUUGGCGAGCAGAGAGACAAGAUUGCAGAGACGGUCAAGCAGAACGGGGGCCGUUUCACCGGAGACCUGACCAGGAGAUGCACUCACCUAAUUGUCAACAAGCCCGAGGGCAAGAAAUUUACAGCGGCCAAGUCCUGGGGCGUCCAUACGGUCACCUUGGAGUGGCUCAACCAGAGCGUCGAGCGCGGCAUGAUUCUAGAAGAAGCCAAGUUUGAUCCGCUGCUGCCUGUAGAAGAGCAAGGCUCCGGCGCUUGGGUAAAGACAGACCCAAGAAGGACGUCCCUGGGGAAGAGGGCAAGGUCAGCAAUCUUGAACGGCGGGCCUGACGAGGGUGCAAGGAAGCUGCGCAAGACUGCCAGCAUGAAGCUGAGCUCGCAGAGAAACGACCUCUGGGGCGACAUUCUGGGUAGAUCUGCAUCGAGAGAGUACUCAUUCGCUCACGAGAACCCGCUCAAGGAGGAGGCACAGGCACAGGCACAGGCACAGGCACGACCUGCGCCAACGCCAACCUCUGAAGUUCCCACGCAGCCAAGCUACUCUCUCCAGGAGGACCAAGGCGUCUUUGCCAACUGCACCUUUUUCAUCCAUGGAUUCCCGCCGCAAAGAGCAUCUAUACUGGAACAGACAAUUACCACGCUCGGCGGCAACGUUGCGGCGUCGCUACAGUCUCCUGCCAUGCUGUCUGAGCCCACAGACCCCGAACAUUACCGAUUCCUCAUUGUCCCCCAAACCUCACAGCCCGAUACCCAUCCCACCGUACCAGACGAACACAUCCACGUCAUUACCGAGUUUUACAUUGAAAACUGCCUGCAUAACAGGCGAUUCUUUAGCCCCAACGAGCAGGUGCUCGGACGACCAUUCCCCCUUUUCCCCAUCCCUGGCUUUUCAAGUAUGGUGGUAUGUAGCGCUGCAUUCACCGGAAUAGAGCUCAACCAAGUCGCAAGAAGCGUGACCCAGCUAGGAGGCAAGUAUGAAGAGGAGUUUCGACGGUCUACAAACGUGCUGGUCUGCAAGUCCCUCAUGUCAAUGCGCAGAGAGAAGCUGAAAUGCGCGCUGGACUGGGGUGUGCCCGUUGUCUCGGCAGACUGGCUUUGGGAAUGCAUAUCCAGCGCCGGUCUAGUCCCCAUUGAAGACUUUAUAUACCCCGAGAUUAAGAAGCGUCGCGCAAAACGACGAGAUCCUUUUGUCAACGAAGAAGACGAGCCGGUCCCAGCAAAAGAGGCCCCUCAACCGCGAAAAGAAAAGGCUACACCUACAGACUCAGAAGCAAAGCCCACAGCUCGGCCUCCCAAGCCUACCAUCGGCGCUGGCGUCGACACUACGGCUUUUGACAAGGAUGCUCCUGAGAAAAGCCGCGUCAGGCAGCAUACACUCGAGUCGAUUACAUCCGCAGACUUUAUGACGGCACCCACUCAUCUUGUUGAAAGCGUGCAAGCAGCGGAUACUCCUCCUCCUCUAUCCGAGCUAUCUGACGCCGCGCUCAACGUGUCACCAAAGCUGCCAGCUGCCAAAGUCAACGUCCCUCGCACCAUAUCUGCGCCGGCCAAGAUGCCAGAUGGCAGUAGAAAAGAAGAAUCGAUUCCUCCAGCACUCGACCCUCCACCUCCUCCUCCGCCAUCAGCCCCUGAACCUCUAAAACCAUCAAUACCGAAUCCUGUGCCUGAUUCAACAACAACAAAAACAACAAAGCAAACAGAAGAAGAAGAAGCCGAAAAGCAACGCCAGCUCGCCGCCGCCGAACUCCGCCAAGGCCUCACAUCCGCCCUCUCCGACCUGAUCCCCCUGCCCCCAAAGUCCACUUCCCUGAGCGACAGCAACCACAACCAAUCCGACUCUCGCACCAUCCGCCGCCGUCGCCAAAAGAUCCUCGGCCGCGCCAUAAGCAACGCCUCCAACGCGAGCAGCGCCACCAGCAUCGACGCCGUCGUCCCUCGAGUCGCCGCCGCCGCAUUGCACGACGACGACGAAGAGCACGAGCAGAGACAGUCUCCGCCGGCGACGCAGCUCGAGUAUCGCGAUCCGGAGGCGAUGGAGACAAAGGCCAUGCUGAUGAGUCGGAUGACGGGCGCUGCCGAGGGAGCGACGGAGGUGCUUGGGCGGACGAGGUCUUCUGCUAGGAGGAAGUGAGGGUGUGAAUGCAAGGUUUGGGGAGUAUUUGCGCGUUGUAUGCUGGGCGAUGUAAUGACGGUGUAAUGAUGCCUUACAAUUUAUUGGGAAUGGAUAAUGAAUGAGAUAUAAAUUCAAGAAAUAAAUGAAGAUAUGAAUAAUAACCAUGUAUAGUAUCAUACUCAUAUCAUCAAGGCCACAUGAAUCGUAUAUUUGAUAAAUGAACAAAUGAAGUUGUAAACUGCAUCGUCAUGUAUAGCUUCAUACCGGUAUCAUCAACGCCACAUGAUAUCAUGCCCCAAUCACUCGACCUAUAUAAUACGAGACUGUAGACCCUUAAUCUCUGCAAAAAAAAAAAAAUUCCUCCUAGUUAUCGCUCAAAUAACGUCCAAAUCUUACCUUUCCACUUCUGCCUCUUAUAACCCACAUGCAUGUGUCCCCAUCUAGGAGAAUCACAAACAUGAUUUUUCAGAGCCGUCUUUUUCUUGAGAACAAAGUUAUACCCUCUACAUCCUCUUUCAUGAACGAACAAGUCUGGUUUUAAAAGCUGCACGAAUAGUCAUGCAUGUUAAAUUUCCCUACUUUGCCCUCAACAGCAGCCACACAUCCUGCUAUAUACAAUAUCUCUGCCAAACCAGGCCAAAAAAAACCAUUCUCUUUUUCGAGAUGGAAAAAGGAGAAAAAGAAAACAGGCAGCGACCGAAUUUUUCCGACUGGGUAUCUAUCAUUCC